AACUGCAUAUUAGUGGAAGAGAGAGCAGCAGCUGCUUCUGAUCCCACAGCUUCUCUCACUCUGUCUCUCCAUCUCUCCAUCCCUCCCUCCCUCCUCCAGUGUGCAGCUCUGGUGGGUCGGUGAAGCCGCUUUUUGGCUUCGGAGCUCCAAGCGAGAGAGCAGCCAGCGCUGAGCAGCUCCUAGACACUGAGGAGAGAGCAAAGGAGGGCAUAAAGGAGGAGGAAGAGAAAUACAGCCGCAGAUAAAGAAGAGGAUAACUCAAUACUGGAGGAGAAGACUGAAAGGGAGACUGUAGUGAUGGCUGAGGCGCAGCAGCAGCAGCAGCAGGAGGAGGAGGAGGAGCAGCAGCCGAGCACUGUGGAGGCGACGGAGACUGACGAAGGGUCCGAGGAACCGAAGGACAGUGUGCGGACGACCCCACGACCACUGCUGUCCAUGAGGUCCAUGAGCAGCGUGGACCCAGAUGACGACUCCCCCAACAUGAUCGUCUACAGAAAGAUUGAAGAGAUUGUCACUAACAUUCAGGAUGAGACGGAGGGUGUGCCCAUCAGAACUGUCAAAAGUUUCAUGACCAAAAUCCCCAGUGUUGUUACAGGUACUGAUAUUGUACAGUGGCUGAUGAAGAAUCUGUCCAUGGAAGAUCCAGCUGAGGCCAUGCACAUCGGGAGUCUCAUCGCAGCUCAGGGGUACUUCUUCCCUAUAUCAGACCAUGUCCUCUCCCUCAAAGAUGACGGCACUUUCUACCGCUUUCAGGCACCGUAUUUCUGGCCGUCCAACUGCUGGGAGCCUGAGAACACAGACUAUGCUAUUUACCUGUGCAAGCGGACCAUGCAGAACAAGACCAGGCUGGAACUGGCUGAUUAUGAGGCGGAGAACCUAGCCAGGCUGCAGAGAGCCUUUGCCAGGAAGUGGGAGUUUAUCUACAUGCAGGCUGAGGCACAGGUCAAGAUCGACAGGAAAAAGGAUAAAACCGAGAGGAAGAUCCUUGACAGCCAGGAGAGAGCCUUCUGGGACGUCCAUAGACCUGUGCCUGGAUGUGUCAACACGACAGAGAUGGACAUCAGGAAAUGUAGACGCAUGAAGAACCCUCACAGAGUUAAGAAGUCAGUGUACGGCUUGGCGGAGGAGGGAACACAGUCUCAGAGUCCCAUACAUACUCCCUCGCAUCACUGCAGGAAAGGCACCAAGGAGGAUGUGGAGAAAGAGAUCUUAUUCCUGAACACCCAGCUAGACCGUCACCGUAUGAAGAUGUCUAAAGUUGCUGAAAGUCUGAUAAGUUACACUGAGCAGUACAUGGAUUAUGACCCGUUUGUGACGGCGCAGGAACCGCCCAACCCGUGGACCAGCGACGACCCCUCCCUCUGGGAUCUGGAGGCCAGCAGUAAGGAGCCCAGUCAACAGCGGGUGAAGAAGUGGGGUUUCUCUCUGGAGGAGGCCCUGAAGGACCCGGCGGGACAGGAGCUCUUCCUCAAGUUCCUGGAGUCAGAGUUCAGCUCAGAAAACCUGCGGUUCUGGUUGGCGGUGCAGGACCUGAAGAGGAUGCCCCAGCAGGAAGUGGCACAGAGGGCGCAGGACAUUUGGGCAGAGUUCCUGGCGGAGGGAGCGCCCAGCUCUAUCAACCUGGACUCCCACAGCUAUGAACGCACAAGCCAGAACCUGAAAGACCCUGGACGAUACAGCUAUGAGGACGCACAGGACCACAUUUAUAAGCUGAUGAAAAGUGACAGCUAUACACGCUUCCUGCGUUCCAACGUGUACCAGGACCUGCUGAUGGCGAGGAAGAAACCUGAAACAGAGCAGGGGCGACGCACCUCCCUGGAGAAGUUCACUCGCAGUGUGGGCAAGUCACUGACAGGCAAGCGACUGACAGGCCUCAUGCAGUCGUCCUGACAAGGCCCGGAUGAAGAGUAGGAAGAACCAUGCCCAGAAGAGCUGCUUACUCCCAGGGAGCAGGAGGAUAAGGACUCUGGGGUGUUUGGGUGUGGCUGUGAGAGGCGGGUGAGGGCGUCAAACGAGCCCAGACCGCCGGACUGGACCACCACCACAUUUGAAACUCACCUCAGAUCAGUUCAAGCGGACUGACAGCAUGCAAUAAGUCACCAGACCUGACACCAGGACAGUGCUGUCACAGUGUAGAGGAUAAACAACGCUACUCUUCUUAGGAGGUUUCUACUCAAAAUCCUGCCCCACGCCAGGCUUUGUUGUUUCUCUCUCGUUUUUCUCUACUAUCUACACUCAUGUUAAUAUGGUAGCUGAGGACGCUAUCGCUUUACUUUCAGUGAUAUAAACAUGGAAUGCUUGAAUGCAAACGAGACUUAGAUUAAUGCUGUAGCUAGCUGUUUUAUCUCAUGUCAUUCACUAGGAUGAUAUAAAGGGAAAGAGGGAUGAGGAGUAAACAUCUGCACUCUUGAGGUGAACUUGUGCUCAAUCUCCACACUGAUGGCGGUCAGACGUCCUGCUUUAACGGUGGCACAGGUGGAUUAGUACACUGACUUUUUAGUUAAUGAGCUUUUUGAUCAAUCUGCUGAUGUGGGAUGACACAAGAUUAACGACCUCUGUGUGUACAGUCAUGGUUUAACUGGUUACACUGUGCAUUUACAUCCAAACUAAUGCCUGUGUUUUUAUGCUUAUUAAAACUACAGAUGGCAAUUUCACCUGUACACACCUUAACCUGCUCUGGUACAAUAAAGCAGGUAAAAAGGAAGGGUUUUUUUUUUUUGUUAUUGUCAUGUCACAGUACUGGCAAACUAUUCUGUUCUCUAUCUAUUUGUCAGAUUAUCUCCCAUGAUCUUAGAAAACAAUCACAGAUUAUCACUGCCACUGUCUGUUUCUAACAAGCACUUCUCCAAACCCUUGUAACAACCGCACUGAACAGAUAGAGGUGUAAUGUUGUCGUCACUAAAAGGUAAGGAGAGGUGUUCGACUUUAUAUGAGUGGGUUGAUAUAAUAUUAGGCUUUAUUCUAUCUUCUGAACAUUCCACUUCAGGCGGCCACAACAAGAUUUUAGUGGGCUGACCUCUAACCAUUCUUCACCGUAUGUAAAGAGGACCAUGAUAA